CGCAUUUCAUUAUUAUCCCACGCCCCACACAUGGUGACUUUCCUUAACAUCCCAUCAGCAUUUCUUUUCUGGGUUCUACUUCUAUUGUCAGAUUGAGGAUACUGAGCAACAUGGACUGAACGGAACAGAGGUCUCACGAGACGGACAGCAGACAGGAAACACCGCAUCUAACCUGCAGGUUGACAAGCCCCCGAGGUGUUGACGCGAUGGAGGACGUAGCCUCUCCGGCUUCCCAGCAGGAAGAACACGAAGCGGAUCGUCGCGCCAGGGAGUUGUUUCAUUACUUUCAGCCGGACAACCCUGCUUUGCUCCCUGCUUCUCAGGGCACCGAUCCACACGGCUCGACCUGUGCCUAUGCUAGAGCCAGCCCAAAUCUCGUCCUUACUGCCUUGGCCCAGUUAGCCGCGGUCAAAGUAGGCGUCCAGCGUGCGAUCAUCAGCUUGAUCGAUCGCGAAACGCUAUAUGUGGUGGCCGAGGCAUCACGCUCGCUAAACCUCGGGGAUAAUACACUUUAUGAAGAUGAUGGCGAUGGACUCUGGAUGGGCUGCUCCCGAGGUCCUGUUGCUGGCACCCUAUGCGAGAAAACAAUUACCCUGUCGCCAACCACUGCGGAUAAAUACCCCUUCUUCGUCGUGAAAGAUUUGCAACAACAUCCCAAUUUCUGCCAAAUACCCUGCGUGUCCGGUUCUCCGUUUUUCCGCUACUAUGCUGGCACACCCCUGAUGACCAGCAGUGGUAUCAACAUUGGUAGCUUAUAUGUCAUCGAUCCGAGGCCCAAUCUGUCCUUGACGGCUGCCCAUAAGGAGAGCCUGGGCGUCAUAGCCACCGGAGUGAUGGAGUACCUGGAAACCUCGCGGCAGUCACUCGAAAGCGCUCGUUUGAUGAAAGUCUUGUCGGGGCUCAACUCGUUUGUCCAAGACCAAGGCAAAGAAGAAUCUCCAGCCUCCGCCAUUCCACGAAGCGCCAGCCCUUCCGACCUUGACCGAUCGCGUACUCCCAGCCCCCGGCCUGUUUCACCCCUCGAGAUCGACCCGAAGCUUACCUCCCGAAGUACAAAGUCACCUGUCAAGAACAUAAGCCCGACACAGAACAAUAACUUCUCUUCUUCCGAUUCUGUACCGUCAAGCCCCACGAAACAGCAGGCUCCGUCUAAUCGACCUGCCAUUAAAUCUCAUGCAUCGUCGUCCGGGAAAAGACACGAGGCAUUUCAGCGUGCUGCAGACCUCAUGCGUGAAAGCUUAACCCUUGGGGAUGACGGAGGGGUCGCAAUUUUCGCUGUCAAGGACAGGUUCGACGGUGACGAAGACGAAGGAUUGCUAGAAGACACAACCACCGGGUCACGGUCCGCCGCUACUACUUGGGCUAUCUCGACCCGUAAUGCCCACGACGAGUCGUGGGGAAAUGAGUCAAACGCUACGUCUGCAAAGCAAAUAAGUCGGCACUUUCUACGGCGGAUGAUGCAGCGUUUCGGCAAAGGAGCCCUGUGGUAUUUCCAUCGCGAUGGAACGGCCUUUUCGUCUGACGAGGAAACGUCCUCGCAGACCAGCAAUCAGCCUGCCUUUCAGUUACCGUCAUUACUACAUCCGCGGGAUCGGGACACGCUGAACGGAAGGGACUUGGAUCUCCUGCAGACCUACUUCCCGAACGCCACGCGCAUUAUCUUCGCUCCCCUGUGGGAUGCAUCAAACUCGCGUUGGUUUGGCGGUUGCUUCUGCUGGAGCUCCGUGGAGACUCGGAUUUUCAGCCCCCAUGUAGAACUGGGUGGCGUGCUCGGGUUCUGUUCCUCAUUGAUGACGGAGGACAGUCGUAUCCGGAGUCAAGAAGCCGACAAGAAGAAAGGAGACUUCAUCAGCAGUAUUUCGCAUGAGCUUCGGAGUCCCCUGCAUGGGAUUCUAGCCGCAGUGGAGUUCCUUGCGGAACAAACGCUAUCCAGCUCAGCUCGGCUGCUUCUGGACACUAUUCGAGCGUGCAGUCAAACUCUGCUGGAUACGUUCGAGCAGAUCCUUGAUUUCAGCAAAAUCAAUUCAUUCAAGCGGAAGGCGCGGAUGGCCGGUUCAUCACUGUUGCAAGAUGGUAGAGACUCUGUCGCUGCGCAAUCCGGCCCACGCUCAUUGUAUAUCCUGAAAGUUGUGGACAUUGUGACAAUCGUUGAGGACGCGAUCGAAAGUAUCUGCGCGGGCGCCAAUCAUCUCAAUGUUACUCGUGCUGGUGAUUCUUCAACUUCGAAGCCAUCUUCCCCCCUAGGGGAAAGCUACAGUGGCAACUCUGAGCACGUCGAUAUCACUCUGGAUGUCGGUAUGAAUGACUGGGUUUUUGUUUUGGAGCCAGGGGCCUUGCGACGUAUUGUCAUGAAUGUUUUUGGGAACGCACUGAAGUACACUGCCACGGGAUCCAUCUCUGUACACAUGGAGAUACAGAAGGAUAGUAAAAGCGCGCCUCGCGAUGGGGCUGAUACUUUGCUUCUGACUGUAUCCGAUACCGGUCGUGGCAUCUCCACUGACUACCUUCGAUAUCACCUGUUCACACCUUUCAUGCAAGAGGAUCCUCUGUCUCCUGGCACGGGCCUCGGUUUGUCUCUCGUCAACAGCAUCGUCCGGUCUUUGAAAGGCAAUAUCAAAAUCAAGAGUCAGCUUGGGGCCGGAACGGUUGUCAAGGUCUCGAUUCCCCUUACGCGGCCUGAGAAAGAAUGUGUAGAGAGCGCGACAGUGCUUGAUGACCCGCUCCUCACCCCCUCAGAAGGUCUCAUUGAUGGCGUGAAGCAGGAACUGGCAGGGAAGACAGUGUGCUUCGUUCAGCCCGAUGGUGCCGCUUCCGCUAGUACUAUUGCCAGGUACUUAACGCAAUGGUAUGGCAUAUCACUCCAGCCGUGGUCACCUGCUGUUGCCGCGGACCUCGUGAUUGUCGAUGAGACGGAGUUGCACCGCAUCAAUGGGUUGAACGAAUCAUCCACGUUGCUCAUUCUGCACCGCGAUAGGCGUGCUACGCAUUCGAAACCUCCCGAGCUGAGUCAGCUUCGCGCCCGGGUCGAGUGGUUGAGCCUUCCGUGUGGUCCCUACCGCUUGGCCAGAACGAUCCAGAGUUGUUUGCAAGCAACACCUCAGCAUCUGGGGGUGGAGGGCGUCUCACCACAGAUUGCGUCUGAAAAUGGCGUACAAAAUGGGAAUGAGGUAUCUGCUGACCAGGGCCCUGAUCGAAGCCUCCCUCUGCGUCCGGCAGCAAUCAUUCCCAUCACUAAACCCGCUGAACUACCAUUAAAGCCAAAUGUCGAAUCUCCAUCCACCGCACUGCCAAAAAUAGAUACGCAAGCACACCAAAAUGGAAGUUCUAGCGGGCAAAUCCCUACCCCUCCCGGCCCAUCCGAAGACAUACCCCGGGUGCUUCUAGUCGAAGACAACCCAGUUAACAUGUCGCUUCUCAACCGCAUUGUCAGCCGGCGACAGCCCCUUGUUGUGCACGAGGCCAUCAACGGCAAAGAGGCCGUCGACGCGGUCGAAGGAAUGCCCGAGGGCUACCAGUAUAUUUUUAUGGUAGACAUUUCAAUGCCCAUCAUGGAUGGUUUCGAGGCCACCAAAGCGAUCCGCAUGAUUGAGAAAGAACGUAAAACUUCACCACCGGCGAAGAUCAUUGCGCUCACUGGUCUGGGGUCAAAUGACGACGUUGCAAAAGCCUACGCCGCUGGCGUGGACGUCUUUGUCACGAAGCCGGUGUCUUUAAAGAAAGUGACGCAGCUGAUGGAUCAGCCGAAGGGGUGA